AUGAAGAACUUUGAAUCCCAGCCUCUCCUCCUGCUGCUCAUGGUCACCUUAGCCAUCACGAAGCAUCCAAAUGGUUCACACACUCUGAGAUAUGUAUAUACCCUCCUGUCAUGGCCUGGACCUCUGGAGCCACAGUUAAUCUUUCUCGGCUAUGUGGAUGAUACACAGAUCAUGGGAUUCAACAGUAUAAGAGAGAAUCUGGGGGUGGAGAGCCGGGAACCAUGGAUGUAUGAGACUGGAGCGUUUUGGGCAAAGACAACAGAUGAUGUUGUGAAAGAACAACAUAUCUUGAAAGAAAUAAUGAGGAAUGUGCUACAUAUCUACAAUUAUAGCAUCAUUGGAUAUCACACAAUCCAGAAGACUUAUGGCUGCCAAGUCAUGCACAGACGGUACUUAAGUCAUGGCUUCUUUGAAUUAGCAUUCAAUCUCCAUGAUUACAUCACACUGAAUGAGGAUCUGAGGACAUGGAGGGGAGUUGGCAAGGCAGGUGAGAUGCUUAAGGAAAUGUGGGAGAAAACAAACUAUGUAAACCAGGUGAAGCCUUUCCUGCAGAUUACAUGUGUGAACUUACUCCUUCGAUUCCUGACCUUUGGGAAGAAGAGUUUGCUGAGAACAGACGCCCCUAAAAUACACAUGACCCAUAAGAUCAGACCAGAUAGGAAAAUCACCUUGAGGUGCUGGGCCUUCAACUUUUACCCAUCUGAAAUCACUUUAACCUGGCAGAGGGAUGGAAGCAACCAGACCCAGGACAUGGAGGUGAUAGAGACCAGGCCUUCUGGUAAUGGAACUUUCCAGAAGUGGGCAGCUGUGGUGGUCUCUUCUGGAGAAGAGCAUAGAUACACAUGCCAUGUAAAUCAUGAGGGGCUAUCUGAGCCCAUCACCAUCAGAUGGGCUAAGCAUGAGCCUCCUGAGCCCACCAUCCCCUUCAUGCCUAUGAUUAUUGCUCUGGUUCUUGGAGCUCUCCUUAUGGGAUCAGUGAUGACUUUUCUUAUAUGGAAGAGAAGGACUAGAGGUAAGAAAGGGUCAUGGUCUUAA